GCCUCACCUGCAUCCCUGCAUCCCACAUAUCUGAGGUUGCCUGUGGACAGUGUUGGACUCUCCCGUUGGUAGCAUGAACAUCUCCCUGACUUCUCCCCUGGCUACGUUAGGGGAGGACUAUGCCCUCUCCCAUAUUAUUCCGAGCACACAGGGCCUUCUUAUUUUGGCGGUGGCGUUUGCAUUAGGUGCUCGCUGGGUCAUCUCGCGCCCCAAGUCCAAGGCACCUUAUCCUCCGGGGCCGAGAGGACUUCCACUCAUCGGUAACCUUUUACAACUUGACAGCGAAUGCUGGCAUAUUUUCACGGAAUGGAAGAAAACCUACGGCCCUAUCGUCUACCUCAACAUUGGUGGACAACCGGUAGUUGUCUUGAACACGCAUAAGGUUGCUGGAGACCUCUUGGAUCGCAGGGCGACAAACUACUCCGACCGUCCACGCUUGAUCGUCGCAGGUGAAACCCUGACGCGGGGAAUACUUCUUGGACUUACUCGAUAUGGCGACGUCUGGAGGCGCAUGCGUCGUGCCUGUCACGAAGCUCUGAAUGUGGGAAUCGCUGGGAAUUAUCACCAUUUCCAGCAGACCGAAGCUGUCCUGCUCGCAUACGGAUUCAUGAAGGAACCUGAGCAUUGGUAUAAUCACUUGCGCAGAGCUGCUGCAUCGACGAUCACCUCUAUGGUCUAUGAUAUGCCGCCUCUGAAAAGCUGCACGGACCCGUCGAUUGCCAACAUCAACGACAUGGCUGCGAGGAUCACAAAAUCGGCUUAUCCGGGAACCCAUCUUGUGGAAUUCUUCACUUUUCUCGAGUUCUUCCCGAAAUUUUUGGCGCGCUGGAAGAGGGAAGCCGAUCAGUGGUACAACAGAUAUACCGUUGGCUUUGAGAAGUCGUACAAUGACAUCCAUGACCGUGUUUUGAAGGGUGAGGAGCAACGACAAAGCUUCUGUGCAACGCUGGCCGAGUCUGAGAGCCGCCACAACCUAACCCGGAAGGAGGCUUCAUGGCUGGCUGCCACUAUGUAUGUUGCAGGGUCUGAGACGACUGCAAGCACGCUGUCCUGGUUUGUCCUGUGCAUGUGCGCGUUCCGUGACGCUCAGGAAAAAGCUUCGGCCGAGAUAGAGGAAGUUGUGGGUCGCUCCCGGCCCCCGAACUUCAGUGAUUGGGACCAAAUGCCGUACGUACGUGCACUGAUCAAGGAAGUGUUAAGAUGGCAUUGCGUCGACCCGCUCGGCCUGCCCCACGCAGCGGUCCAAGACGACAUAUAUGAGGGCUACUUCAUCCCCAAGGGUACUAUCUGCCUUGCGAAUAUCUGGGCGAUGAACCGCGAUCCUGACAUCUACGGUCCCGACGCUCAUCUCUUCCGACCGGACCGUCAUCUCGACGAGAAGGGCCAACUUAAGGCGUCCCCUGCUGACACCAAAGACGAAGGACACGUGAGCUAUGGGUUUGGGCGAAGGUUAUGUGUAGGCAGGCACGUCGCCAACUUCUCAUUGUUCAUCGACAUCACAACGCUAUUAUGGGCUCUCAAACUUGAGCCUGAGAAGGACGCGAAGGGGAACUUCAUAGAACCUGACACCGUCGGCAUCGUCAACGUGGGCCUCGUCGUGCAUCCCGUACCUUUCAAGAUCGUCACGACGCCUCGUUUCCCUGAAGCUGCGGCCAUGCUCUCCGACAUGAGGGAUGAUGUUUUGCAGAGCGUGCAGUACUAGUAUGGCUUGUCGCCGUGUCUCUGAUGGUUUUUUCGGGACAGAUGUCCAUAAAUGAGACUAUCACGUACUCAUCCUGUAGAGCGAAAGUUUGUUGCCCCCAUAUUGUGUUCUAUAGAUUUAAUGACCACUGCCAUCUCAAGCCU